UCUACAGUCGUCUUAAUAUUUUCUUUUCAUUUUUAAACUAAAUUAGGUAGGAAAAAUCUGUGAUAAACUAAAACAAUGGCUUCUUACAACAAGACUUUACAAUUACUAGCUUCUAAAUUGGGUUUAAGUGAGGACGAAAAGGUUUUGAGCAAGGCGGCAGAGUUCGAACGGCUACUGCAGACCAAAACCGUCGCCGGGAGCACCUUGAGCGACACCAGCAAGCUUGUGAUCUGUCUGGAUUUGGCUGCAAGCAUUUUUGGAGCAGAUCUGGACGUGAAAACCGCAAUAAAAUACUCCGGCUUGAAGCCCAUAGCGUACGCAAGUAACCGGAAGACGGUAGAGAACCUUCUAGAAAUAAACAGCAGUAAGCUGACGGUGGCCCAGUUGUGUGUGACGUUGCAGUGCACUGGAAUUCAGGAGGUUGCUGAAAAGAUUCUGGAGGAGUAUCGGAGACAUUCUAAAGUGGAGUUGGAUAUGAGUCUACCACAGUAUGUCUGCAUGGCUGUCUAUCAAGCUGGAAGAAUAAACAAAGUGAAAGUGUCCAAAGUGAGGAUCAAUGAGAAGUGUCGCCUGAAACCCGCCCAGUGGGCGAUGCUCGAAGCGGACUGGACGAAAUUCGUCAACGAGAAAUUUGCGAGUGCACCUAGGAAAAGAGGACGGCCUGCGAAAAAUACCGUGAUAGCAGAUGAAAACCAAGAAAUGGAAAUCGACACGAAAGAAGAAACGCCAACGGAGACAGAGACAGAGCCAUACGAAGACUGGAGACGGCGAAUGCUCGAAUCCGCCUAUAAAGAACUAGAAAUGAGAGAGAAAGAAAAUAAGAAAUCGCCCAAAAAAACACCUUUAAAAGAGACACAACGUGUCACACCGAAAAAACAGUUACGUAUCGUGAUUCAAAAAGAUUUGUGUGCUCAAAAGGAACGCGGUACCCCUAAAAUAGAUAACGGUACCCCUAAAAAAGGUAAUGGUACCCCCAAAAAAGAAUUAGGUACCUUGGCAAAAGGCGGAACACAGAAAGAAAGUAUACCAGAAGAAAUAUCUCCUAGAAAGUCGCCAAGGAAGACCCCAGUGAAAUACUCCCCUUAUAAGACCCCCACUAAAGGGGGUGGGGUGAGAUUACUGUUCCCUAAUUUCAUGUGAUGUUGUUACCAAAGAAUAAACACCAUUUUA